AUGCCGUACUCACACACGACGUUGGCACCAUCCAAUGCUACACCGCCGCCACCUACUCACAAUGCUCUCCCCGCGGCCCAGCGAAUUCGUCUUAUGCGCUCAACGCGCAAACUUGGAGAGAUAUUCGGAGAGGAGCCCCACGUUCUAGAGGACGACGCGCUGUCCUCCAUCUCGUCUUCUUCCAUCUCUUCGACUUCCACCUCAUCGUCGACACGUCUCACUCACAGCGCGUCUUCCUCUGUUACAUCUCUCUCAUCAACCGACGAUGAGCCUCCAUUCACUGUCCCAGAUCGGGUUGUGCAGAAGAAGAAAUCCAAGUCGAUUCUUCCUCGGUUGACACCCUCCCAGCCCCUCUUCCUCAAGCUCAACGUCAAACAACAAUCCCGUCUACCAUCAGUAGAACACUCCCCCACUUCCCCCGUCUCCCCCCUCAACUCCAUGUACGACCUCAAAACGCCCACGCAGGCUUCGCAAACAAAACCAGAGCAGCCCACACUCAGGUCAAGGCUUCGGAGCAGGGGUGCGUCUAUAACGAGUAUGAGUUGGGACUUUGGAGUCUCCGGUGCUGUUGGCGUCCUCAAUGGCUCGGGCUCGCUUUGUCGCAGCGCGAGUAUAAGCUCGGUCUCCCCAACCACCGCCGCUAAUGCCGAGACGAGAUUACGGAGGAAGCGGAUGGCCAAACUGAAGAGGACGCUUGGGGAGAACGUUCCAAUCGAGCUGGUCUUUGGGUCCUCUUCGGCUCCAAGUCACUCCAAGCCACCACCGCCCCCAGUCCCACCCAUGCCAGCUUCCAUUCUUGCGCCGACACCUGCGCUGAAAUUACGCCCACCCACACCUCCAAAGAUCAAAGUCCCUUCUCCCGUAUCACCGCCUCCUUGUCUUCCUGAGAUCAAUACCGAUGAAUCAGAGCUCAAUCCAUUCACUGACCCUCACUCAUCGGACGCGCAUGUGCUGAUCAUCGGCCCCGCAGCGUCGUCAAUCAACCGACCCAUAUCUACCAUGACCACCGCCUCGGUAUAUUCCCAGCCUUCUGCAGGAGUGGACGGAGCGUUCGAAGUGCCCCUACCGACGCCGAUUCCAACCCCAUCUCCAUCGUCCGCUAGGCUGCGACCCAAGGCUAGGUCCCUCAAUAUCCACCGUUCUCGCCCCCGCCCGCUUUCAAUCAAUUCCCCUCCUGCUUUGCCAUCCCCCUUCGGCGGGAAAUCGUUCCUCUCGUUUUCCCCAUCUACACCCGUACCUACGACGCCAAUCGCUAUCACAGCGCGGGGGAUGAACCCAAACGCUCUGGAUGCGGAGACAUUCACACCUCGAGCGGGCUCACAUUCGUUGGAUCUUCCUUCAUCAUACCGUCGCUCUCAGUGGGAGAAUUUGCCCGACACACCGGGGUAUCAUACAGCUUGUCACGACGUGAUGAGCUCCGGGACUCAGGCAUUUGGGCGUCGCAAGGAGAAGGAAUGGAGUGGAGAAUGGAACAAGCCAGAUAUGACCGAUGUGCUGAAGGGGCUUCGCGGGCUCAAGGCGAGUUAA